CAGGGAAAUGCCGAAAUCAACACGGUUCUCAGCGCAGAGAUUGAGGACUUUCAAGCCGUACGUGCCCGUCUUUUAUCCUUUUUGGAGAAGCGAUUAACUGGAUUUCGGUACUACUUCCCCUUCAAUCGGCCGGAGGCAGCCCUGGAAAACUUGCUUAUCCUCAUGGAAAGGGUAAGUGUUAGAAUUCUCUUAAUUCAAGCACUGUUGCCAGCCCCAGUUGUAAAACGUAAAGUAGGCCGAUGA